UAUCCUGCAUAUGAUUGCAGCUUCAGAACCGGCUGCAUUUGUCGCGCUUGUCAUUCCCACUUUCGAGCCAAUUCGGAGCAGGUUUCAUCUGCUGCACGCAUGUCAUUCCCACCUCCGAGCUAGUGCGUAUAAAAUCGAUGAGGUGUAUCAUGCUAGAUGUAUCUUAUGAAUGCUUUACGUGGUUUUGUGAUGCCAUAUCUAGCAUUAAUCAAUCUAGUGUCGUCACCUACGAUGGACCAGCAGGAUGGUGUUGCUUAUUAUAGCCCGACUGACAGAGGCGGAUCGAUGCUCAUCAACGCUGGCGAUGGAUACGGUGAACCUAUGAAUGUCAUAAUCUCUGGUCUUAGCUCUCCUCACAUCCUCACACUCGACGGAGCUAUCAAUUUUGCCCGUGCUAUUGGAUUUUCCGAAGAAUGUUUCGGCCUUCACUUGGGCGGUUAUAUGCCCGCCAACUUGGGAGAUGGAAACGGAUGGGUCAAUCAAACCAUUGAACUUCGCCAGGACUAUGGAAACGCAGGAAUCGGAACGUGUCUUGAGAGCCUCGUCGGAGGAAAUCAUUUUCGUAUAUUUGUACAGAACGGUACAACGGCGGACAGUGGCGCUCUCUUCCUAGCCGUGUCUCGAGAGGAGCCCUUAACAGAGGACCAUGAUGUCGUGCCAGAUGGGUACAAUAUUGGCCGCAAUCAGCUGGUGUCGGCAGCGGUUGGUAAAACAUGGUAUAAUGAGGUCAAAUACCACACUGUCGCCCAAAACAUUACUGGUCUCCUCAAAGCUGGCGCUGAUGGUGUCAACCAUGACAUUGCUCAAGAUGGUAUUGUUACGUUAUUGACCGUCACGAUUUAUUAAGAAUCAUAUCACUUUUUUCUUUCCUUUGGAAUUUCCUGAUUCUUUGCUCGUCUCAUUAUCGGGUAUGAACAAGUGAAGAUUCUAGAGCAAUGCUACAAGUGCUGUGACACAAAUCAAUAGGGUCGUUCAGAGUAGGAUUAACAACAUGUCCU